GUUUCGAACUCUAUCUUCGAUAGUACUACAGCAACUCUGAGUAGGGAUAAGGAUUUAAAGCCCCGCCUUUCGUUCCUCUCAUUUUUACUUCUUCUACUCUGAAAUCCUAUCAACAACACUACCCCCUCAAACAGAAAGAGAUUGGAAGAAGAAUGAGAAGAACCAUAUCUGCUACAGAUUAAACCUUUAGGCUGUGCGGUUUACUGUCAAUAUGACUCCUCUAGCUCCUUGUUCCACAAGCAAUGCUGUAGUCUUUCCUGGAACUACCUUUAUGUCGCCGAAAAGUAACCAUCUAACACGAUACAGUACUCUCAGAAAAUGUUCAAGACAAACAGUAUCCUCCAAAAGGUGUCUCUUACCCCUUUCAACAUCAGUUCGACUGAUUCCAACUUACAGAAGUGGAUACUCGGUACCCCAUCAAUCCAGAUUCUGUAUUGUAGCAGCUGCUGGUACUGACGUAGCUGUAGAGGAACCAGCUCCUGUCGUUGAAGGAGAUGAGGCUGGAACUUCAGAAGUUCCACCAACUACUAGUGAAGAUGGUGAAACGCCCGCAGCUGCAGAUCCCGUUGUUACCCCUACAUCUCAGUCUAAACGUCCAAGACCCGCGCGGAAAAGUGACAUGCCACCAGUAACGAAUGAGGAACUGGUUCCUGGUGCGACUUUUACUGGUAAAGUAAAGUCAAUCCAGCCAUUUGGUGCUUUUGUCGACUUUGGAGCAUUUACAGAUGGUCUUGUUCAUGUUUCUCAGUUGAGUGAUGGCUUUGUUAGAGAUGUUGGCAGUGUUGUCUCUAUCGGGCAAGAGGUUAAGGUUAAGUUACUUGAAGCAAAUACUUCAAAUGGACGUAUUUCUCUCACUAUGAAAGAGGGGGAUGAUACCAAUAAGCCACAACAACGUAGAGAUAGCCAAAGUGGUAAUAGCAGUGACAGGCCAAGACCACAAAGAAAGAACCAGAAUCAGAAACCCUCAAAGUUUGUGAAGGGGCAGGAAUUGCAGGGUACUGUAAAGAACUUAACUAGAUCCGGUGCUUUUAUUUCUCUUCCAGAAGGAGAGGAAGGAUUCCUCCCAACAUCUGAGGAAGUUGAUGAAGGAUUUGCAAGUCUUAUGGCUGGAGGAUCUUCACUUACGGUUGGUGAAGAAGUUAGUGUCCGGGUAUUGCGUUUGGCAGCAGGGCGCUUAACUUUGACAAUGAAGAAAGAAGUAGUUGGUGGAGAAACCGCAGAAGUCACUGAGGGGGUGGUACACUCAGCAAGCAACCCCUUUAUGCUAGCUUUCCGAAAAAAUAAGGAUAUUGCUGCGUAUUUGGAUGAGAGAGAGAAAGAGCAAACACCAAAACCCUUGCAGGAGAUUGCUAGUGGGAUUGUCGAAACAGAAACCAUUACGGAUUCUUCUGAUGAUAAAACUUCCACGGAUGAGGUGGCUGUUGAAAAGGAAGUUGAAGAGGUAAGCUCAACAAAUUUGAAUGCUGAGGAGAGUUUGGAGGAAGCUCCUAUCUCAAAUGAAGGUAAUGAAAUUACAAAUGAAUCUGAAUCCACUGCAGAAGUUGGUAACAGUGAUGAGGUUGUAGAGGCUGAAGCUGAUAACACAAUAAAAAAUGAAGUCCAGGCAGAAGCACCGUUGACCGUAGAGAAUGAAAUACCAUCAGUUACACCAGAUGAAGAGGAAAAAGUUGAACCGACUACUGACAGUAAUGGAAGUGUUGACACCUCAGAUCAGCAAGCAAACAAUCCAGCACCCCAAGAAAGCGCACCUAAAGCAACUAUAUCUCCAGCUCUUGUAAAGCAGCUACGUGACGAAACCGGAGCAGGAAUGAUGGACUGCAAAAAGGCUCUCACUGAAACUGGAGGGGACAUUGUUAAAGCUCAAGAAUUCCUCAGAAAGAAAGGUUUAGCUAGUGCAGACAAGAAAGCCAGCAGAGCCACAGCUGAAGGUAGGAUUGGGUCAUACAUUCAUGAUAGCAGGAUUGGAAUCCUAAUAGAGGUCAACUGUGAAACCGAUUUUGUAUCACGGGGUGAGAUUUUCAAGGAGUUAGUUGAUGACUUGGCAAUGCAAGCCGCUGCUUACCCACAAGUAGAGUAUCUUGCUACUGACGAUGUCCCAGAAGAGCUUGUGAACAAAGAAAGGGAGAUUGAAAUGCAGAAGGAAGAUCUUCAGUCCAAACCGGAACAGUUUAGGUCAAAGAUUGUGGAUGGUCGGAUAAGGAAAUGGCUUGAGGAGCGUGCGUUGUUGGAGCAACCUUACAUAAAGAAUGAUAAGAUAGUUGUGAAGGACUGGAUAAAGCAAACAAUUUCGACCGUUGGGGAGAAUAUAAAAGUAAACAGAUUUGUAAGGUACAAUCUUGGGGAAGGUUUGGAGAAGAAAAGCCAGGAUUUUGCUGCAGAGGUAGCUGCCCAAACUGCUGCAAAAGCUACCCCUGUUGCACCAGUACAGGAUCAACCUCCUGUAGUUGAAGCGAAGGAUGCUGUUGAGAAAGCACCAGCAGUGAAAGUCUCAGCUGCAUUGGUUAAGCAGCUUCGUGAAGAAACAGGUGCUGGCAUGAUGGACUGCAAGAAAGCUCUUGCAGAAACUGAAGGUGACCUCGAAAAGGCACAAGAAUAUCUAAGAAAGAAGGGUCUUUCAACUGCAGACAAGAAAUCCAGCCGACUGGCUGCAGAGGGACGGAUUGGGUCCUACAUCCAUGAUACCCGCAUUGGGGUAUUGAUCGAGGUCAACUGUGAGACUGAUUUUGUAGGGCGAAGUGAGAAAUUCAAAGAGUUGGUUGAUGAUCUUGCAAUGCAAGCAGUUGCCUGCCCGCAAGUGCAGUAUGUUUCUAUUGAAGACAUUCCAGAGAGCAUAGUGAGCAAAGAGAAAGAUAUAGAGAUGCAGAGAGAGGAUUUGCAGUCGAAGCCUGAAAACAUUCGACAGAAAAUUGUUGAGGGAAGGAUCUCAAAGAGGCUAGGAGAGAUCGCUCUUUUAGAGCAACCUUUCAUCAAGAACGAUAGUCUUCUCGUUAAAGAUUUGGUAAAACAAACCGUUGCAGCACUUGGUGAGAACAUUAAAGUUCGGCGAUUUGUUCGGUUUACUCUAGGGGAAUCAAUUAAGGAUGUGAAACCAGAAGAAGCUGAAUAAUGAGCUUGCGAAAACUAUUUUUUUCACAUGAAUGCGACAAAUGAUUCUUUUUUGUUGUGCUGUUGGAGUGUUCAUUAGGUGUAAGGUCGAGUUAGCUGGUACUUCGUGUAUCUGUUUGUAUUAUUGUUCAAAGUUAUUUUUGGCAUCAAAAUUUUAGGAACAAUGGUGCAAUAACGAUGCAAAUUCAUGUGCAGAGAUAGAAAUGCAUUUACAUUUGUACUUGUUAUUCGUAAA